GCUCUCUAUUUUAUAUAUACACAGAAGAAUGUAUAGAGAAGCAGCGGUGAAGAAAGAGGAAUACCAAGUGUUGGAAGAACUCGGGCGAGGCCGUUUCGGCACCGUGUUCCGCUGCUUCCACCGCACUUCAAACAAAUUCUACGCGGCUAAACUCAUCGAGAAGCGCAGACUCCUAAACGAGGACAGGCGCUGCAUCGAAAUGGAGGCCAAGGCCAUGAGCUUCCUCUCUCCACACCCAAACAUCCUCCAAAUCAUGGACGCCUUCGAGGACGCCGACUCCUGCUCCAUAGUCCUGGAGCUCUGCCAGCCACACACCCUCUUGGACCGCAUCGCCGCCCAAGGCCCCUUGACGGAGCCCCACGCCGCCAGCCUCCUCAAACAGCUUCUGGAGGCCGUGGCGCACUGCCACGCCCAGGGACUCGCGCACAGGGACAUCAAGCCGGAAAACAUCCUGUUCGAUGAAGGGAACAAGCUUAAGCUCUCAGACUUCGGGUCCGCCGAGUGGUUGGGUGAGGGGAGUAGCAUGAGCGGUGUGGUGGGGACGCCCUAUUACGUUGCACCCGAAGUGAUUAUGGGGAGAGAGUACGAUGAGAAGGUUGAUGUGUGGAGCAGCGGGGUCAUUCUUUACGCCAUGUUGGCUGGCUUUCCACCCUUUUAUGGAGAGUCUGCUCCCGAAAUCUUUGAGUCUGUUUUGAGGGCUAAUCUUAGGUUUCCCAGCCUAAUCUUUAGCUCUGUUUCUGCACCUGCUAAGGACCUCCUUAGGAAAAUGAUUUCCAGGGAUCCCUCUAACCGCAUUUCCGCACAUCAAGCCUUGCGACACCCGUGGAUUUUGACUGGGGCUCUCACCACUGCAACUAUAUCCAAUUUUCUCACUUAAUUUGCUGGAAUCAAGCUGUUUAUGCUUCGAGUAGUCUUUCCUAUUAGGUUCUGUUUAUUUUUUCUCAACGGACCCUUUUUACUAACUCAUGUAUAAUAGAGGUUUAAAGAGUUUCAGUUUCGGAUUGUAUAGCAAAUAAGAAUCCUGCAUUUCCCUCCCUUUUCCGUAUCUAAUUAAAUAAAAUAUUAUAAAUAUUUAUCUGCUUUA